UAUUACUUUCACCCUCUCAUCACACUCACUCAACCUUUCAUUUUUCUUAUUACCUAAUUCAUCAGAUCCAUAUUAGAACACAAUACGAUCCCUUAACAUCUCUCUUUCUCUCUAGACUCAACAAGCUCAUAUAUCAUGUCAUCUCCUGGAGAUAGAGGAAAGAACUUUAUGGAAUCAUCAGGAUCAGAGCCACCGGUAACACCAAGCCGUUACGAGUCACAGAAGAGACGCGACUGGAACACUUUCGGACAGUACUUGAAGAACCAGAGACCACCCGUGCCGAUGUCUCACUGCAGCUGCAACCACGUGCUUGAUUUCCUCAGGUACUUAGACCAGUUCGGUAAGACAAAGGUGCACGUGUUUGGCUGUAUGUUCUACGGCCAGCCUGAGCCACCAGCUCCUUGCACGUGCCCUCUCAGACAAGCUUGGGGAAGUCUUGACGCUUUGAUCGGACGGCUGAGAGCAGCUUAUGAGGAAAACGGUGGAUCUCCGGAAACAAACCCUUUCGCUACUGGAGCAAUAAGGGUUUAUUUGAGGGAGGUUAGGGAGUGUCAGGCUAAGGCUAGAGGGAUUCCUUACAAGAAGAAAAAGAAGAAGCCAAAGACGGAGAUGAGUGGUGGAAGAGACGACUCUUCUUCCUCAUCCUCCUCCUUCAACUUCUCUUGAAAGACUUUAUGGAUCAAUAACAUCUCAGAGAUGGAUCAAAUGUAAAAGAGGCCUCAAAUCUACCUACUACUGAUGAUCAAGAAGUCAACAUAUCUUCGGAUCUUCAUCCACUCCUUCUAUUCCGUAGCUAUCGAUCGGUUAUGUAUUUCCAAAAGCUAUAUUCUCUUAUUAAGUUCAUUUGAAUAAGUGUAUAGAUUAUACAGUGUAAAGACAAGUUUGUUUUGUACUUCUAUGCCAGCGUACUUCUUGUCUUACGUAAGUCAAACACAUUUCUAUGAGAUAUUAAUGGCGGAAUAACCUGAUCAUUGUUGGUAA